ACAAGACGGGCUGGAGGGGUCGACCGAGGGAGGCUCGCGUAUCGCGCUGUCCACCACCACCGCCCGGACCCGGUCUAGGACCCGGCUGCUCGCCGUGGCCUCCAUGAAGAGGCGCCGCCAGUUCACGGCGCUGCGGAGCACCGCCCUCGAGUUCUGCCUGCUGACGGGGCUGCACGGCUGCAAGUACAUCGCGCAGCCCGGCAAGCACGGCGUCGAGAGGUUCUUCUGGCUGCUCGCCGUCGGGGUGUCGGUCCUCGCCAGCGCGUACUGCAUGGUGUGGGCGUACGACUUCAACCGCGCGCACCAGACACUCCUGGCCAUCGACACGACGCACUACCCCCUGUGGGCCGUGGCCGCGCCCGCCGUCACGGUCUGCCCCAGCAACAAGGUGCUGGCCUCCAGGGCGCGCCGGCUGGCCAGGGCCAUGUGA